AUGGCUGGCAUGCUGUCUGGAGUAUUUUCGUUUGUAUCCGCAUCAUCAGGAUCAAAAAGCACCUCUUGCCGUAAAGUUACUGCUAAUGGUGAUGGUUUUGUCUGCUUAGACCAUAAUAAUAUUGAAGAUAUGUUACCUGAAUACGAAAGAAUGAACCACUCAGUGGACAUUGAGUUUCUUGGACGUGGUAUAGGACGUGCUUUUGGUGAAAAACAUUGGGCAUGGCUUCUCAAAGGUGAACAAUUCUACUGUACAAUCGAGUACGGAGAUGAAGGGAUCAUUAUUCAAUAUUUUAACAAAAAGCGCGGCAUCAAAACGGCUUGUGCUGCCAUAAUGGGUGAUUCUAAUACAGUUGAUUAUGAUGACAAGUUUGAAACUAGUAUGACUUUGGGUGAGAUUUUGGAAGCUGUCCAUGAAAUGGAGGAUUUAUGGAGAAAAAGAAACUAUGAUUCAACAGAACACAACUGUCGAGACUUUGUCCGCGCACUUGGUAGAUUGAUGGAUCGAUCAUUUAAUCCGCCGAACGCUGUACUUGACUCACUUGUUAGACUCGCUACUCCGAUCAAUACUGUAUUUCCAAAACGAAGAUCAGUUAACUAA